AUGGCUCCAUCUGCUAAGGCUACCGCUGCCAAGAAGGCUGUUGUUAAAGGUACUAAUGGUAAGAAAUCUUUGAAAGUCAGAACCUCUGCUACUUUCAGAUUACCAAAGACUUUGAAGUUGGCUCGUUCUCCAAAAUACGCCACUAAAGCUGUUCCACAUUACACCAGAUUAGACGCUCACAAAGUUGUUGAAAAGCCAAUCAACUCUGAAACUGCUAUGAAGCAAGUCGAAGAUGGUAACACUUUAGUUUUCCAAGUUUCUUUGAAAUCUAACAAGUACCAAAUCAAGAAGGCUGUUAAGGAAUUAUACGAAGUCGACGUUGAAUCUGUCAACACUUUGAUCAGACCAAACGGUACCAAGAAGGCUUACGUUAGAUUGACUCCAGAUUUUGAUGCUUUGGACAUUGCUAACAGAAUCGGUUACAUCUAA